AGAGGGUGACGUCUCGUUUCAUUGUGACUGUCGCUAGUUCCUGAAUACACCUAGCUCUGAUUCAAGCUAAGCAUGCUCUCUACAUAGAAGAGGAGGUAACGUGUAUUUUCAUGGUUAUACCAAGAUCCAUACGCCGCCAUUUGAAGGAUAUCGCCUUCCUUUAUCAGCAACAAUACAGAACCAUAAAGCGUGCGAAGCACCAUGAGGUAUGUCUCGGGUUUUCUCAUCCUCGCUCUACUACACUCGGCAUCUGCUGUUACACAUUAUUCCAUUUCCGAGGAAAUGGAUAUCGGUUCUGUUGUAGCAAAUUUAGCUGCUGACCUUAACCUUGACGUAAAAACACUGAGCAGAAGGAAAAUGCGAUUGGAUAAUAUCGCAAACAAAAAGUACCUCGACAUCAACAAAGAGACGGGAGAGCUUUUCAUUUUAGAGAGACUUGAUAGGGAAUAUCUCUGUACUACAAAAUCAGUCACCGCUUGUGUGUUGAAACUGGAUGCAACUAUCGAAAACCCUAUUCGAAUAUUCAAUAUUGAAGUAGAAAUUUUAGACAUUAACGACAAUGCACCACAUUUUCGAAGAGACACUAUUCAUCUGGACAUAUCCGAAUCCACCCCAGUCGGUGAACGAUUCUCUUUGAACAAUGCUGUAGAUCCUGAUAUCGGGUUGAACUCAAUCAAAACAUAUUACCUUAGUGAAAGUGAACAUUUCAAUAUCGAAAUACAAACUGGGCGAGAUGGAUCAAAAUUUACCGAUUUGAUUUUGAAAAAGGCUUUGGAUAGGGAAGAGCAGAACAAUCAUAAUCUAAUUCUUACCGCUGUGGACGGUGGAGUGCCCGCACGGUCCGGUACAGCAAGUAUAAUUGUCCAAGUGUUAGAUACAAAUGACAACGCACCCCAGUUUGACAAGGAAAGCUACAAGAUCGAACUCCCAGAAAAUCCCCCCAUUGGAAGCCUCGUUGUGAAAUUAAACUCAACUGACUUAGACGAAGGCUCAAACGCAGAAAUCACAUAUCUGUACAGUCUUUACACAUCAGAGAAAACACAGCAAACGUUCACUUUAAAUCCCAAUAAUGGCGAGAUUCGAGUUAAAGAUAUGAUCAAUUACGAAGACUUUAAAAUGUAUGACAUGGAAAUCAUAGCAAAGGAUAAGGGCAUUCAUUCUUUAUCGGGACAAUGCAAACUAACCAUAUUGAUUACCGACAUGAAUGACAACCAUCCGGAAAUAUCUGUCAAGUCAUUUCAAAGUACAAUCAAGGAAAACGUUCCUCUAGAUACUGUAAUUGCUGUUGUAAGUGUCAGUGAUAAAGACUCUGGAGAAAACGGGGUUGUCGACAUUAAAAUUAAUAAAAAUCUGCCAUUUUCUUUAAGAGAAUCCUCAGACAAUUACUAUGAAUUAGUGGUAUCUAAACCAUUGGACCGAGAAAUGGUUCCUGAGUAUGAUAUUACGUUUACUGUAACAGACAGAGGUACACCUCAGUUAUCAGAUAACGAGACCAUAACUCUGGAACUUCUAGACGUUAAUGACAACGUUCCUCGGUUCAAUCAGACAUUUUUCAAAAUACCAGUUUUGGAAAAUAACGCACCAGGCGCACUAUUAGCUUCCCUUACGGCUUUAGAUCCAGAUCUGCACGAAAACCAAUACCUCGUUUAUUUCAUAAUAGAAAAGGAUAUAGCGAACACAUCCAUGUCCAUGCUAUUUUCUAUAAAUCCAGAGAAUGGCAACCUUUACGCACUGAAGACGUUUGAUUAUGAAAUAGAGAAAGAGUUUCUUUUCCACAUUGAGGCUAGGGACUCAGGCGUUCCUCCACUCAGCAGUAACGUCACCGUUCAUAUCAUCAUAAUGGAUCAAAAUGACAACAAUCCAGUGAUCGUGUCUCCAUGGCGCGCACACGGCACUGUGGUUGAGGAAAAGAUCCCUAGAAACACUGAUAAAGGAUCUCUAGUGGCCAAAGUGAUUGCCAUUGACACGGACUCUGUGCACAACUCUCGUAUAUCAUAUCAGUUCCUAGUGAACACUGAUACCACCUUAUUUAGUCUGGACCAAUACAACGGUGAGAUCCGAACCAUGAGAAUGUUCAGCUACAGAGAUGCGCGUUAUCAGCGCUUGAUUGUCAUAGCAAAAGACAAUGGCGAGCCCGCAUUAUCUGCUACAGUGACCAUCAAGCUCUCCACGGUGGAGACCGCUUUGAAAUCCUACUCUGACAUGACUGAAGUUCCACUGGAAUAUGACAUCUUUUCGGACUUAAACCUUUAUCUGGUGAUAGGACUGGGCUCGGUGUCAUUCCUGUUAUUAAUCACCAUACUGGUUACCAUCGUGCUAAAGUGCCAAAAGCCGAAGCCAAGCAAAGCAGCACCUCCUUCUCGAAACAGUGUGAUCAGUUCAGAGAGGAACUCUACCUUCGCGGAUUCUACACUGGUCUCAAACGAUGCCUACUGGUACAGCAUGUUCUUAGCGGAGACGAGGAAAGGAAAGAUGGUAGUAAGACAGCCGGUGCCAAAGGGGGCGAGGUAUGUCGUGUCCAGCUUACCAAGAGGCACUGGGCUCACCGAUACAAGCGAUUCGGCUGCUUCUACUCUUCAGGUAAGAGAAAGUUUAGACAUUGCAUGCUAACCUGACACAGUGACUUCUUUACAGAAAGACCAAAGUCAUGGCCUGUUGGCGCGUAAUUGGAUUUCCAAGAGGACGAACAAAGUUCUUACUGAC